GGGGCGGGGCGGGCGCUGCGGCGGGAGGAGGAGGCGCGGCCGCUGCCUCCGCCGCCACCUGAGGGAGGGAGCCGGGUUGGAACGGCGGGACCCCGCGCUGAGGUUACCUAACAAAAGAACGUAACUCGACUGCUGUUCUGUCACGAUGGGGUCAAUUGUGUGGGAAUGCGGUUAAACAUUUUAAUACCUUAAUGUAAUACAUGCUAUAUAAUACUGAGAAAAGAAAAGGCAAGAUUUCUCACACGUCGGUCUCGAAUACAUCACCUUCUGGACUGAGCUAAGAAUGUCGUAUACAAAGAGUAUUCCAAUUUUGAAGAAUCUUAAACAAGGACUGAAAAUAUCGCCACUGAAGUGAAAUCUGAAGGUGCAUGAGGAGUUCAAAGGGCUUUCUGACUGGGCUCAAAACCUGGCCCCAUUCCCAUUGUGGAAGGAUGGCUGUUAGCUGGAUGUUCUGGUACCUUUGGCUUUUGGAUGUUUUGGUGGGGCACACAAGAGGGCACAGUUUAUUUUCUUGUGAGCCCAUCAUCUUGCGGAUGUGCCAGGAUCUGCCUUACAAUACUACCUUUAUGCCUAAUCUUCUGAAUCAUUACGACCAGCAAACCGCAGCAUUAGCAAUGGAGCCAUUUCAUCCGAUGGUGAAUUUGGAAUGCUCCAGAGAUUUUCGACCAUUUCUGUGUGCCCUCUAUGCUCCCGUGUGCAUGGAGUACGGCCGCGUCACUCUCCCUUGUCGCAGACUCUGUCAAAGAGCAUACAGCGAGUGCUCCAAACUCAUGGAGAUGUUUGGGGUCUCUUGGCCUGAGGAUAUGGAGUGCACCAGAUUCCCAGAUUGUGAUGAGCCAUAUCCUCGUCUUGUGGACCUCAAUUUAGCUGGGGAGCCCACAGAAGAGGCCCCAAUGGCAGUACAGAGGGAUUAUGGUUUUUGGUGUCCUCAGGAGUUGAAAAUAGACCCUGAUCUGGGUUACUCUUUCCUGAGGGUACGGGACUGUUCCCCUCCAUGCCCAAAUAUGUACUUUCGGCGUGAAGAGCUCUCCUUUGCUCGCUACUUCAUCGGAGUGAUCUCCAUCGUCUGCCUUUCCGCUACCUUGUUUACUUUUUUAACUUUUCUGAUUGAUGUCACAAGAUUUCGCUAUCCAGAAAGACCGAUAAUAUUUUACGCUGUCUGUUACAUGAUGGUGUCAUUAAUUUUCUUCAUUGGCUUUCUGCUUGAAGACCGAGUAGCGUGUAACGCAUCUAGCCCUGCCCAGUACAAGGCUUCCACAGUGACCCAGGGCUCUCACAACAAGGCUUGCACCAUGCUUUUCAUGGUGCUCUAUUUCUUUACCAUGGCUGGCAGUGUUUGGUGGGUCAUUCUUACCAUCACCUGGUUCUUGGCAGCCGUGCCAAAAUGGGGCAGUGAAGCCAUCGAGAAGAAGGCAUUGCUCUUCCACGCCAGUGCCUGGGGCAUUCCAGGAACUCUAACCAUCAUCCUCUUAGCAAUGAAUAAAAUUGAAGGUGACAAUAUUAGCGGCGUAUGUUUUGUUGGCCUCUAUGAUGUGGAUGCAUUAAGAUACUUUGUACUUGCACCUCUCUGCCUGUAUGUUGUUGUUGGAGUUUCCCUUCUGCUAGCUGGCAUUAUCUCCCUCAAUCGGGUUCGCAUUGAAAUCCCAUUAGAAAAAGAGAACCAGGACAAACUAGUGAAGUUCAUGAUCCGGAUUGGUGUGUUCAGUGUUCUGUACCUCGUGCCACUGUUGGUUGUAAUUGGCUGCUAUUUCUAUGAGCAGGCUUAUCGAGGUGUGUGGGAGACGACGUGGUUUCAAGAACGCUGCAGAGAAUAUCACAUCCCGUGUCCCUAUCAGGUCACUCAGAUGAGUCGUCCAGAUUUGAUUCUCUUUCUGAUGAAAUAUCUCAUGGCUUUGGUCGUUGGGAUACCCUCAGUCUUCUGGGUUGGAAGCAAAAAGACCUGUUUCGAGUGGGCUAGCUUUUUCCAUGGGCGCAGGAAAAAAGAGGUUGUAAAUGAGAGUCGCCAAGUGCUGCAAGAGCCAGACUUUGCUCAGUCUCUUCUGAGGGACCCCAACACCCCCAUCAUCCGGAAGUCGAGAGGCACUUCCACCCAGGGCACCUCGACUCACGCCUCCUCCACCCAGCUGGCAAUGCUGGACGACCAAAGGAGCAAGGCGGGCAGCGUCCACAGCAAAGUCAGCAGCUACCACGGCAGCCUGCACCGCUCGCGUGACGGCCGGUACACUCCCUGCAGCUACAGAGGCGUAGAAGAAAGACUACCUCACGGCAGCAUGUCACGACUGACUGAUCAUUCCAGGCAUAGCAGUUCUCAUCGGCUUAACGAACAGUCGCGUCACAGCAGCAUCAGGGAUCUCAGCAGCAACCCAAUGACACACAUCACGCACGGGACCAGCAUGAACCGCGUCAUCGAAGAGGAUGGCACCAGCGCUUGAGCCGCUUCGGUCGGAGAGGAGCAGUCGAUGUGGUGGCACGGCUCGCGGUCCCUUCCUCCGUGAUGUGAUAACGCUCAGUAUUAUCACGCCUCUCAUCGGGUGCUGAUUUUGUCCAUCAGGAAGCCGAAACUGGCUUCUUCCUGUUGAAGCCGGCGGUCUUGUACUUGCGUCAGAGCUAGAGUGUUCAGCAGUCUUGAAUUAUUGAGUAAAAAGCUGGUUGCCUCAUUUGAACCUAUCUGUAGGUAAUUAUUUAUUCGAUAACUGUUACUCAUCAGACACCGUUGCUGAAUUUCUUUGCUGAAAAACAUCUCCCCCCUCCCCUCCAAUGGCUCUGCAUGUCGGUAGGUGUCACCCUCGGAAACUCGCUGGCAGGGUCGCGCUGAGAUUUUGUUCUUACAGGCAUAAGGGAACUCGUGAAUAUUGAAGGAAUUCCUCCGCGCGCCUCCCUGAUCAGAUAACAAACUGAUAACUUGUUUUCAGCAGGCGCAGGGGGCGGGGGACGGAUGUUCAGUGCUGUAUCAAGGACGGCUGUGCGAACCGGCGGGCGGUUUUCAUGAUUACACUGGAAAUGCAACACAGGAAUGAGCGUUCUGGAGAAGGAGAGGAAACUCCGCUGAUGAUCACCAGCUCUUAACCGGAGCUGUUCAGGCUCCGUUG